UCGUCCGCUUCAAAGGACCCAGGGAGAGCGAGCUGGUGACUUCUGCUUCGUGGAGUUCUAUAGUUCGUAUGCUUCGACCCGACUCUGCUAUUUGAGUUAGACGACCCUACGACCCUACGUCUGCGGCGCCAGGACUCCUAGACGACGCCAAGCUCAACUAAUCUUCUUCUGACCAGGCGAGGAUACCCAGCGAGUAGCAGACGACUGGACGACUAGCUUUGCGGAACUUACCAGAUUAUGGCUAAGCAAUCACAAUCUUUUUUUCUCGAAGAAUGGCUUCGAACCACCAUUUCCGGGAGCAACAACAGUGUGAGCUUAAAACACCCUUCUUCGACAUCUGCCCAAGACAUAAUUCAAGCUUGGUCAGAUUUGCGGGACUCAGUUCAACAACAGUCCUUCCAUUCUCGUAACCUCCAAUCUUUACGUGCCCUUUUAACCUCUCAAAGUUCGCUGUAUAUUGCUGACCCACAAGCAAAGCUUCUACUGUCUCUUUUGUCCUCACCCAAAAUCUCACUCCCACAAGAAUCAUACCCUAUAUUACUCAGGCUGCUGUAUAUUUGGACUAGGAAAGCAUCCAGGCCGUCUUCUCCUGUUGUAGAUCAUGCUGUGGAGGUUAUCUUGCACCUUUUCUCUGUACGGUUUCGUUCUGAUAACAUCUCGGCUUUCUACUCUGAAGGUGUUCUUAUACUAGGUGCCCUUUCUUUUGUAAGUUCAGCAUCUGAGAAAUCUAGGAAGGCCUGCCAUGAGAUGCUAUGUGCUCUAAUUGAACAAGAACAAAAGUUUAUCCACAUGUCUGAAGGAUUGAUUCCCAAUGUUCUUGCUGGAAUUGGCUAUGCUUUAUCUUCUUCACCCAAUUUUUAUUUUCGUAGAAUCCUAGGUAUUCUAUUUGGAGUUUGGGAUAUAACUGAAUGUGCUUCGGCUAGCAUUGAUAAUGGACUUCUAGUACUACAUUUAACUGAGUGGGUGAUAUCAAAUUUGAUCAACUCACGUUCUUCAGAUAGUAUUAACCUUUUCAGGAGAGAGAUUUUAGAAAACCCACGUCCGGAAUAUGCAUCAUUUGCCAUUCUAAUGGCAGCAGCUGGAGUUGUAAGGGUUAUUAAUAGAACCAAUGCACAUAUAAUAUUAGACCUGAAAGUUCCUGCAGAGGAGCGGCUUGAGGCCAUUGCAGGAAACUUGAUGAUAUCAAUGACUCAAGAUGAUGCUAACUGCUCUUCAAGUGUAGAACCUAGAACUGCCUUUCUUCUGCAAUGCUUGUCAUUAGCUUUAUCCAGAUGUGGUGCUGUUUCUCCCAGAGCUUCACUACUUUUCUGCCUUGAGAAAGCGUUACUGACUGAAGUUUUCCCAUUGCACUGCUUAUACACUAGGGUCCUAGAGUCACAUGUUGGGAAUUUGAUGGAGAUUGAGUUAAAUGUUCAACAGCAUCUGGAUAGCACCAUGUUUAAAGAAGCAGGAACCAUUGCUGCUGUGUUUUGCAAUCACUAUGUGUCAUCUGAUAAACUAAACCAAAGUACUGUAGAGAAUCUAAUGUGGGAUUACUGUCAGUAUGUCUACUCAUGCCAUCGGCAGGUGGCUCUAAUGCUACCAAGUGGGAAGGAAGGGUUGCGUGUGAGUCUAGAUAAAAUUGCUGAGUCAGCUUUCCUCAUGGUUGUGGUAUUUGCAUUGACAGUAACAAAGCACAGGCUAGGAUCGGACAUUGCUUAUGAAGAACAUUUGAAGCUUUCAGUACAGAUACUAGUUUCAUUUUCUUGUAUGGAAUUUUUUAGACGGAUGCGUUUGCUUGAAUACAUGGAUGCAAUUAGAGCUGUUAUUACUAGUGUUCAGGAGAAUGAAGCAGCUUGUGUUUCAUUUGUGAAAUCGAUGCCAUCUUAUGCUGAUCUGACAAGCAAACCAGUGUCAUCCAUUUAUCAAGAAAUCAAUUAUGCAUGGUCCACUGAUGAAGUGCAAACUGCUCGAAUUUUGUUUUAUUUGCGGGUAAUUCAGACUAGCAUUGAGUGCAUGCCAGCAUCUGUGUUUAAGACGGUGGUGGCCCCAACAAUGUUCUUAUACAUGGGACAUCCAUCUCGAAAAGUGGCUAGAGCAGCACACUCAGUAUUUGUGGCUUUCAUAUCAUCUGGAAAGGAUCAUAACCUAGAUGAAAGAGUUUCACUGAAGGAGCAACUUGUCUUUUAUUACAUGACAAGAUCUUUGGAGUAUGUAGGGAUAUCCAGGAAUUACACCCUUUGAGGGAGUGGCUUCUGGGGUUACUGCAAUUGUUAGACAUCUUCCUGCUGGAAGCUCCUCAAUAUUGUAUUGCAUUCACAGUGUAGUUGAAAAGGCAAAUAGCAUCUGCUGUGCUCUAAAGAAUUGGGAUGGAGAAUUAUUAGAGCCUUUGAAGAAAAUGUUUGAGCUACUUUUGCGACUCCUUUAUCUUGUAGAUAUACAGGUUCUGCCUACUUUGAUGAAGUUACUGGCUCAUCUGAUUGUUCAGCUGCCUACUGAUGGCCAGAAUAUGGUACUUAAUGAUUUAUAUCAGCAGGUUGCAGAUUUGGAUGAUGUUACAAGGAAACCAGCAAUGGUUUCUUGGGUGCAGUCACUAUCUUACCUCUGUUCUCAAGAUUCUAGCAGAAGAGGAUCAAAUGAGGCAGCAGAACUGCACACUGCUUCUUUUGGUAAUGUUGACUCAUUAAGCCUGAACAAAAUAAAUGCACGAUUGUGAUGGAUUUAUGAUGCAGUAUAUUUUAAUUAUUUAUUCGUUAUGCUUUUAUGCAUCAACAUAAAAGGUAUUAAUGUUCAAAGACGAAGGAGAUGUUUAUUUAUAAGACAACAGUUUUAUUUGUAAUUGAAUAUACAUAUGAAUGUGAACCAUAAAAUCUUUGUGGUUUGACUAUUUACAUAGAGCUAUAUUAAAGAAGACACUUGUAGUUAUUUCCAAAGGAAUUUUUAUAAAUAUUACGCAG